AUGUCGAUUGGCGACAACACACCCGUUGCGGUGCACGAAGCAUUUGCACAGAUCGCAAAUGCUGAUAUCGAGGCCCUGCUCAAGCAGCUCACGCAAGAUGAGAAGGUUGCAUUGUUGACAGGCGAGGACUUUUGGCACACAGUGCCUAUUCCCAGGCUGGGAAUCCCCUCAAUUCGACUCUCGGACGGUCCCAACGGUGUCCGUGGUACCCAUUUCUUCAGCAGCGUGCCAGCGGCAUGCCUGCCUUGUGGAACAGCGAUUGGAGCAACAUUUGAUCGAGAGCUUCUGGUUGAGAUCGGACAUCUUCUCGCGGCCGAAGCGAAGGCCAAAGGUGCACACGUUAUUCUGGGUCCGACCAUCAAUAUAGCCCGAGGCCCCUUGGGCGGAAGAGGCUUCGAGUCUUACUCUGAAGAUCCGUACUUGUCGGGUGUUCUGGCUGGACACUACUGCAAGGGACUGAAAGAGAAAGGCAUCGUCGCAACCCUCAAGCACUUUGUCUGUAAUGACCAGGAGCACGAGCGCAUGGCCGUGAGCUCGAUUGUCACUGAUCGCGCUCUACGAGAGAUCUACCUUCUCCCAUUCAUGAUUGCUAUUGCUCUGGGUAAGCCAGAAGCCAUCAUGACGGCAUACAAUAAAGUGAACGGGGUGCAUGCCUCUGAAAGCUCUCAACUACUGCACGAUAUCCUUCGUGGAGAAUGGAGCUGGGAUGGGCUGGUGAUGAGCGACUGGUUUGGAACAUACAGUACCUCCGAAGCUAUCAACGCAGGCCUAGAUCUGGAGAUGCCUGGCCCGACAAGAUGGCGUGGUGGCGCCCUGAGCCAUGCAAUCACAUCGAACAAGAUCCCUCUUGCCGCUCUGAAUGAACGCGUUCGUGCUGUAUUGAAGCUCGUCCAGCGAGCGAGCAAAUCAGCAAUCCCUGAGCGGGCACCAGAGACACAACUCAACAGGCCAGAAGAUCGCAAGCUGUUGAGGAAAAUCGGCUCAGAAGCCAUUGUACUGAUGAAGAAUGAGGAGAACAUCCUUCCACUCAAGAAAGAGAAGAAGAUUGCAGUCAUUGGUCCGAAUGCGAAGAUUGCCACAUAUUGUGGAGGGGGCAGCGCUGCAUUGAAUCCUUAUGAGACCGUUACUCCCUUUGAUGGCAUCUCAAGGGCAGCGCAAGGAGGCGUUGAAUUUGCUCAAGGUAUUUACGGUCAUCAGAUGCUGCCAUUGCUGGGCAAGCAACUCAAAACGGCAGAUGGAGCAGUCGGCUUUACAUUGAAGAUUUUCAAUGAGCCCCCAUCCGUCCAGUCGAGGACCUUUCUCGAGGAACGCCAUGAGACAGACUCCAUGGUAAUCUUCAUGGACUAUGACCACCCGAAGCUGCAACCAGUCUGGUACGCAGACGCAGAGGGGUAUUUCGUUCCUGAGGAGUCUGGCCUCUACGACUUCGGACUCACCGUUCACGGAACGGGAAGGAUGUUCAUUGACGGGAAGCUCGUCAUCAACAAUGCCGACGUUCAGAGAGCUGGAACAAGCUUCUUUGGCAGCGGAACAAUUGAGGAGGUAGCUGCAGUUGAGCUCGAAUCCGGAAGAAAAUACACAAUCCAUGUUCAAUGGGGCUGUGGCAAAACCAGCACAUUCAGAGUUCCCGGCGUGGUUGAUUUCGGCCACGGAGGCUUCCGCUUUGGUGCCUGUAAGCAGCUGCCAUCUCAAAAAGGUAUCGAAGAGGCUGUGAAGGUUGCUCAAAACGCCGAACAAGUUAUUCUCUUCGCCGGACUGAGCGGUGAAUGGGAAUCUGAAGGAGAAGACCGGUCUAAUAUGAGCCUGCCUCCCGAUACGGAUGAGCUUAUCUCACGAGUUCUGGAGGCCAAUCCUAACACAGUCAUUGUGCUUCAGAGUGGCACUCCUGUGGAAAUGCCCUGGAUUGGCAAGGCCAAAGCUCUGCUUCAUGCUUGGUAUGGUGGGAAUGAGACUGGAAACAGCAUUGCUGAUGUAGUCUUUGGUGAUGUGAACCCGUCUGGAAAGCUCCCUCUCACAUUCCCUCGUCGUCUUAAGGACAACCCCACAUACUUCAACUACCGAUCGGAAGGCGGGCGAGUGCUAUACGGCGAGGACGUGUAUGUGGGAUAUCGGUACUAUGAAGGACUGGAGGUUGAGCCAUUGUUCCCCUUCGGGCAUGGUCUCUCAUACACAGCAUUUGAACUGUCUGAUUUGCAGUUGACUCGAGAUACGCAAGGUCUCGUCAGCGUCUCUUGCAAGGUGCGCAACACAGGUUCUAGGGACGGAGCGGAAAUUGUCCAAGUGUAUGUGUCACCCGUCGCACCCCCGAUCAAGCGGCCGUUGAAGGAACUCAAGGAGUUUUGCAAGGUUCAUGUUGAGAGUGGUGGAGAGGAGAUCGUGAAAAUUACCGUGGAUAUCAAGCAUGUGACUAGUUUCUGGGAUGAGAAGACUAGCAGUUGGUGCAGCCACAGCGGCAUCUAUAACAUCAUGGUGGGAACCAGCAGCCAAGGAGAGUUCUUGGAAAAGCCCUUGGAAUUGAGCGAAACCACCUUUUGGUCAGGCGCUUGGGAUGGGCAAAUAUGA